AUGAUUGAUCAGGCAAGAUUCAGAGUUGUAGAUCGUUCAUCGCUGGAUGAUCGCCAGUGGUUUUUUACCAAAGAGGAGCUUCUCGAUACGCCUAGUAUAAUAGACGGACUUUCUUUCGAACAGGAGCAAAUGGACCGUACAAAAGGGUGCCAUUACUUGCUUGCUGUUGGAGCAAAGCUUAAUCUUCCACAACUUGUCUUGGUAACAGCAACCACAUUCUUCCAUCGAUUCUUCAUGCGGCAGUCUAUGAGACGCUUCCAUGUCUAUGAUAUUGCAGCAACAAGUCUUUUUGUGGCCACAAAAGUUGAAGAGAAUGCGCGUCGUCUAAGAGAUUUUGUUAAUGCGUGUGCCCAAAAGGCUCAAAAGAACGAUAGGCUUAUGCUAGAUGAGAACUCAAAGGAUUUUAUCAAAUGGAAGGACACAAUGUUGCAUUAUGAAACUAUUCUGCUGAAAACUCUUUGCUUUGAUCUCUCCGUGGAACACCCACAUACUAAUCUGCUGAACUUACAGACCCAAUUGAAUGAGAAAUGGAAUAUCUCACCAGGUAGAACCUUAGUUCCCGAUGCAUGUGUUCGCAGAGCUUGGAUCUUGUUAUUUCAGAGUCUCGGUUCUCCAAUUUGUGUACUUUAUCGACCAAAGGUCAUUGCUGCCGCUGCUCUUUUGAUCUCUGCCCAUCUUUCUGGGGAGGAGAUCGCAGAAAGACGGUGGAAAGAUGUAGAUGUGGAUAUUGGGCAAGUGCAUGCUGGCAGCCGAGAUGUUAGAAUAUUACGUAGACCAUUAUCUGAAGAAAGCCGCUCAUUCACCGCAUCCAUCUCAAAUAUUACAACAUUCUUCAUUCAAUGGAUCACAAUAGCUGCAACAAAAUUACAUGCAUGCUUCUCAGGCAAUGCCAACCACAGAUUGGAUAACAUUUCUUCAUAA